CUGCAGUGUUGCGAAGCGUUGCAUUUGCCAAUCGAUAACACAUGGCGGCAAACAGCUGUGUCUAUCGAAAAUGGAGCAUGUGACUAACGAAACCAGUGAGCUUAUACAAAAGCUCGUGAGUCUGAAUACGACCGAAAAUGAAGAUGAAAUCACGGCUAUACUCAAAAACCUGCGUCUUUUGCUUACAAAAGGCAGUGAAAAUCAAGAGACAUUAGCCAGAAAUGUGGAGUUUUCCAGUUUUCUGGAUGCGGUAGCUUUUAAUCCACUGAUGCGCACAGAGCAUCGGAUUAUACACAAUCUAUCACUCCAGGUGCUUGCAAAUAGUGUCGUUAAUAAUGAGACCACCCAAACUAUCACCUGGAAUCAACAUGGCUUGAAGAUCUCGGAACAAGCCUACGCUUCUCCCUUGGGCAGCUCUAAUAAUGUGCUCCUUAUGAUCAUGUACAACAUAUAUCUCAGUGGUCGGGGCCUCAUCAGCGAUCUGGUGGCGCUCCAGACUUGCUUGAGAUUAUGGCAAUCUCUAAACGAGGCCCAGUGCACCUACAACUUCGAGUAUCUGCACUUCUUUCUAGAGCACUUUAUCGUGCAGAAUGGCCGUGCCUGCGUGGCUAGUUACCAGAAACUGGAGACUGAAGAUCGGGUCGCCUUCCUGGACUAUGUGGCUCACUAUCUCAGGGAAAAUAGCCCCAAUUGCGAGGUGGCCCUGUUCCUGCUACAACACUUUGCCAAAGAAUUCCGUCUGAAAUCCGAUUGCCUUCUACGGGAAACUCUCAAACUCAAACAUGAGCUCCAUCCCCGUGAAGUCCACACUUUACUGCGCAUCAUUGCCAGCGCUAGUGGCUCCGAGAAGUACGCCAACGUAUACUCCACGGACCAAUCGCUGUUCAUCAACGUUAGCAGCCUGCUGAGAUGCGUGGUGUCUGCGGGCAAGGAAGCGGAUGGAGGCGGACUGGAUAAACCCAUGACAAAACUGGAGGAGGUGGCCCUUACCUCGAACAUUGAUGCGGGAUACGAGAAAAAGGUAUCCUACGAACUGAAGACGCUACUCGUUCGAUGCUCGGCCAAUCUUCUGUACGACAACACGGCCAACAAGGGUUACUGCCUGGACACACAACUACUGCCCACUCUCCUGGAAUGCACCACGAUGGAUGCCCGGAAUCCAUUGAUGCGGGAGUGGAGCAUCCUGGCCAUCCGCAACGCCUGCAUCAACUGUCCAGAGGCACAACAGGUAAUUGCUGGACUCACAAUGCAGGGAUCGGCCCCCAACGACAUCCUCACCGAACUCAACCUGGACAUGGGAGCACUCCGUAUCUCGGACAGGCAGAAAUAGAUCACACAUCCAUAAACAGCAUUCAUCUACCCACACGGACAUGGCAAGCGAGCCACGACCACUGGCUGGCCAACAAGUGGUUAGAUGUUCCUCUCAACACGUCAUGCUCCGCCCAGUCGUUGCCCCCUUUUUGAGGCCUUACGAUGCGCUAAUGGUAUGCCAACAGAUAGCCAACGGCAUUCAUAAACGCGAUGUCAACGUUUAAUGGCAGAGCGGGGAACGUGGCGGACCGCUAGCGUGGCUAGCGAAGAUAUAAAAAUAGCUGCCCAUGUACCAUGCUCUGUGUACCAUUAAAAAAGAGAUGCCUAAAUCCA